AUCAAUUUUCUUUUUCAAAAUGAUGAAAUACGAGGGUAAUGAGAGAUUAAAAGAUACCUCAAAAUGUGCAGAACUGCGAGCAAAUUUGAAAAUGUGCUUGUUAGAGAGCGAAUGCUGUAAAGUUCAUAAAUUUACACCAAGGGAGUGUCUUCGUUCACACAGCGAUCUUGUUCCUACUGAAUGUUAUGCUCUUCGAAAUUCAUUUUUCGAAUGCAAGCGAAGUAUUCUCGAUGCCAGAAGAAGGUUUAGGGGAAUCAAAGGAGACGAGGAUGCUAAAUCUUAGCUUUAAAAUAAAUCCUAAUAAAAUUAGGAGUCUGGUAUUUAAUGUUUAGUCCUUACGUAUACAUUUUAUGAUAAUAACUACUAUACAAAGACAAUGUAAAUAGAAGACGGAAGCUGGUUGAAAAUCAGAAAGCAAUGGAGAAAUUCUCAGAAAUGUUUUAUUAUCAUUGUUUUCUCAUUCGUUGUACAUGAUUUAAUAAAUCUUCGAUUAAAGUAGGUCUCUUCUUUAGAUUUAGAUUGUAAUCCUACAAUUAGCUUACAAUUUCCAGAGUUCUGGCACAAAAUUGCUGUCAGAAAUUGAGUUUUAAGAGGUUUUAUGCUUUUCAAGCGAUUUUGAAAAUGUUUGUUUCUGUAUUUUUUUUCAAUUCAAGAAUAAAGGCGAAGCAACUGU